UUUCAAAUCGCUGUAAUUUUAUUACUAAUCUCGUAAAUUAUUGUAAAUUCUAUUAAUUUAUUGUAAAUAGUAUUAAAUUAUUGUAAAUACUAUUAAAUUAUUGUAAAAUUCUCUAAAAAUUGUAGAAUUGGUAAAUUGUAAAAUUCUUGAAAAUUAAAGAAUUUUGUAAAAUUGUUCUAAAAUCGUGAAGUUCUCAAAAAUCAAACAAUCUCUCUAAACAUCUCUUAAACACUCCCUAAACAUCUCUUAAACACUCCCUAAACAUCUAUUAAAUACUGUGUAAUAUCGUUAAAUACUUGGAAAGAUUGUGAAUACUUGGAAAAAUUGAUAGUGAAAAUGUCUGGAAUUAGGAGGAAGUUGAUUAGUUUGAUUGGCUCUGGAAACAUUGGCGGGAUCAUGGGAUAUCUGUCACAACUAACCGAACUGGCAGAUACCGUUUUCUUCGAUAUUGUCCCCAAUAUUGGCGCUGGGAAAUCGUUGGAUAUAAUGCAUGCGAAUUCGAUUCAGGGAAAGGCUUACAAAUGUAAAGGCACCAACAACUACAAAGACAUCGCCGGAAGUGAUGUCUGCAUCGUUACCGCCGGUUUGGCGAAGGCUCCUGCGAAAUCGAAUGAGGAGUGGAAUCGUGACGACUUGGUUGCGUUUAACGCUAAGAUAAUAACGGAGGUGGCUGAGAAUAUAAAAAAGUAUGCCCCAAAGGCGUUUGUAAUAGUGAUUACAAAUCCGAUGGAUGUUAUGGUCCACUUAAUGUUGAAGGUGACUGGUUUUUCAAAGAACAUGGUCGUGGGUAUGGGUGGCUUAUUAGACUCCUCGAGGAUGAACUGUUACAUUGCUGAGAAGUUAGGCGUUAACCCGAAGUACGUCCACGGCAGUGUUAUUGGCGCACAUGGUGAUAGUAUGAUCCCACUAGUGUCCCGCUCCACAGUCUACGGCAUACCAAUCCUCGACUUUGUAGAAAAAGGGUAUCUGACCCAUGAAGAUAUUAAGGAGAUUGAGGAACGUACCAUUACCUCAGCCAUUGAAAUACUGAAGUUGUACGGCUCAGGAUCUUCUUACUUCGCACCGGCAACGGCCGCAAUUGAGAUGGCCUCGGCCUAUCUUAAUGAUAAGAAAUCUGUGUUCCCGUGCUCCUGUUACCUCGAAGGACAGUACGGACAUAAAGAAGUCUACUGCGGCACUCCCGCAGUCAUUGGCGCCAACGGAGUAGAGAAGGUACUCGAACUCAAACUCACACCACAAGAACAACAGAAAUUCAAUGACUCAAUCAAAGAAAUCAGACGACUAGAAUCACUCAUCAAAUAAUCCCUUACAUGUUCA